CGCCUUUGCAAGAGCAAAAUUAAUUUGGUCUUGCUUGCAUGCGUUUGAUAAGAUAUACUCGUAUGUAUAGAACGGUACUUAUAAUCCAUUUGCAGUACGAAGUAUUAUAAAAAAAGCGUUUUGUACAAGAACAAGAGUGGUGCUAUUCGGACAAGUUAAAAAUUUUUGACUAUCAAUUUUUCGUAUUUGAUAACGAAGCUUUGACUUAACAAUUGGAAAAUUUGUGGAAUUCAGGUCGUACGAGAAGAGAAGUAAGCAGCAUAUUGCGUGGAAAGCAAGAAAGUGGAAAACGUGGAGGAAACUAACCACCAAAGCAAAAGAAACAAUAGCACUAGCCGAACGAAAAUCAAGGAAUAAGCCAAAUAAGCAAUAGCCAAAAGCAAGUGACAAGUACACUUCGUUGACAAUUGGAAGAGAGGAAAAAGUGGCGGUGUGCUUGCUAGUAGCAUCGGCAUUCAGUCGGUAAAGAGUAAAAAACACAUUGCGAAUUGUUAGUUUCGCGCAGAAAUCGGAAGGCUGCGUUUGGAAUCAGUAUAACUACCAUUCAGCGGAGUCAAAUUUUGUCUUAUUUUUGUUGUGGACACUUUGUUUACAGGCGAUUAAAAACCACAAUCAGAGAGAAACUAUUACUAAAAGUUUACUGCAGAUCGUGCUGUAGUUAGAUUAAUAGCUUUUCUUUUAAUUUACUACUACCGUUGGCACAGCUAGUAUGAACAUGGACGACUACGAAUCAUUACCCACUACUAAUGUGGGCAUCAAUAUGACGGCCGGAGCAAUUGCAGGCGUGCUGGAACAUUGUGUUAUGUAUCCAUUGGAUUCGGUUAAGACAAGAAUGCAAAGUUUAUCACCAGUCACUUCCAAUUAUGACAUCAGCACUACCUUCAAAAACAUGAUCAAAAAAGAGGGUAUUAUGAGACCUAUUCGUGGUGUCUCGGCUGUUGUUGCUGGCGCCGGACCCGCACAUGCGCUGUAUUUUGGUUCCUAUGAGAUGAUGAAAGAGCUCCUGACUAAGGUCACCACCAACAAUCAUGUCAAUUAUAUGGCCUCUGGUGCUGUGGCGACACUAAUACACGAUGCCGUAUCGAAUCCAACAGAUGUGAUAAAGCAACGCAUGCAAAUGUACAACUCAAAGUAUAAAUCAGUGAUUGGCUGCAUGAAGGAUGUGUAUCGCAAUGAGGGAAUCACAGCUUUCUACCGAUCUUACUCCACACAGCUAGUGAUGAACAUACCAUAUCAGACAAUACAUUUUGCAACUUACGAAUUUUUUCAGAAUAUGUUGAAUCAUGAACGGAAAUAUAGUCCCGUGGUGCAUAUGGUAGCCGGUGGUGCAGCUGGAGCUACUGCUGCGGCCUUCACAACGCCACUGGAUGUUGUGAAAACAUUGCUAAACACACAGGAGAACGGCCACACAAAAGACAUGGUCGAAGCGAUUCGGCAGAUUUACAGUUUGGCGGGAGUAAAGGGCUUUUUCCGCGGUAUGUUGGCACGCAUUUUAUACUCCAUGCCGGCUACAGCUAUUUGUUGGUCAACAUAUGAAUUCUUCAAAUUCUAUUUGGCUGGCUCCAACCACAGUACGUACAAGUCAUCGAUAACAGGCAAAAAUGCUCUGCAGCGAAGAGAAGAAACACCUGAGCUCGCCGAAAAAAACGCAUACGUACUGCCAGUGACAACGACAAACACAGAAGAGGUAACGAAUAAAUGCGCAACAACAACGCCCACACCGAGCAGCGGUACAGGUGGCGCGACAGCUGGCCCAACGCCAGGUGGUGCCAAUGCGAUCAAAAGCGUAUGUGAACUGCCGAGUAAUGUGACUACGUCAGCCUUAAAUCUGCAUACCAGACAUACAGAUGUGAAAAGUGCGCGGCCAUUCGAAAGGGGAUACUCGAGUCCGUAAUUCUAAAAGUAAUAGCGAAGAUACAAAGCAAGAGUUGGAGAGAGGGGAGCACACGAAAAGAAAAAUAUUGUAUUGUACAAAACCAAACUAAAAUCUAUAGUAAAAGAGCUAUGUAUAAUAGGCCAGCAGUGCCCGUUAAUACGGAACAUCAUCAUUAUUACGACGUUUGGCCACGCUGGUGUGUAUUUUGAUGGAAGUUCGAGCGUGUUUUCAAGUGAGGCGUGGUCAGGGUAGGUGGGCGUGUAUUGUAUAUAACAGCGUCGACGUGGACCGUCACACUGCGGGUCGCCCCAAAAUCCUCCCUUCCAUGAAGACUAAGCGUGCUUAAGAAGCAACUAAAUGGCGAAUAUUUGUUUGUGCUGAUGUAUGUGAUACGAGUAAUUUUUGUGGUACUUAGAUACCCAUCAGUUGCUUGUAGACAUUAUUCAAGAAACAAACGCUCACGAAAAGUAUUUAACAAAAUUAGCGCGCUAGGAAGAGUAAAAAAUAUUUCAUACGUAUAUGCCGAGAGUGUACCAGUGCUAAAGACGUGAAAUUGCCAACAAAUAUUUUGCCAUCUCAGUUAAAACGGAACUUCUUCUAGUAUUAUGUAUAUAAAUAAGCAUGUCUUUAUCUUCACCUCUCCUCAACAUCAUUUCCUUAUGGCACGCCUUCCCCCUCUCUCCCCGCCGCACAUUCAAAGCGGAGUGAAAAUUCGUGUUUGUAAAAAGAACUAUCGAUUCGGAAAGUGAGACCAAUUCGAAAAAUUACUAAAUG